UUUAUUUACAACAAUGGAAUUUAAGAUUUAGUAGGGGUGAAUGGGUGACGAUGGUCGUGUACAAAUUAUAGAAACGCCACGUGUCGUCAAGGUAUCUUUCUUGGUGAAUACGUGGGCAGUUGAAGGGACGUACGCCGGCCAUAAAUAAACCGGAAGGACUAGAAUGUUGCAGACGACGAAAGAAACAUGGGGAAAGGACAAGAAUCUAAGACAAGAAGCGAUUCCUCUGUUGAAGUUCAGGAACGUGGAGAAAUUUUCUUCUUUUUCCGGCCAAAAGUCGGCAAGGAAGAAGCGCAUGACACGGACGACGUGCAGCGAAUGUACAUAGUUCUCCGUCCGGAGUCCGGCGAGCGGGCUGUGGAAGUGAAGCAAGAACCGAGUUCCGGGAAGGAAGGAGCGGAGCUCGGUGCCCACACCGUCGAUGAGAAACCGACCCGCGAUAUCACGUCGGUGAAGAAGGAUAAGUCCCACAUGGAGGGCGGACAUGGCUGCCAAGAAGUCAACAUCGAAAAGCAGCCGUUGCUCCGGUUCAUCGUCAUGGGGAAGAAGAUUCUUCCAGACCCGACCAAGAAAUCCAACCACCGUCCACACUGGGGUUUCGUGGAAAUGGUGACUACCAAGAUAGAGGAUGUCAAAGCGGCGCUCAAGGGCGAGGAGUAUGACACUUCAACCAGAGGUCACCGGACGGUGGCUCCGGCGAGGGCCGCCGGAGAGGGAGUUUAUCUCAUUCUGAGGCAUAAUCCGGGGAAGAAAAUGCACACGCAUCUAGUAUACAAGCUCGAAUUCCCCCCAGCAGAAGAGAAAAACGAGCCACAAGAAGAGUUAAACAUAAAGAGAGAAGCUUCAUUCUUGAUACAAAUCAAGAACCCAGAACAACGUGGGACUGGGGAGUUCAGAGGGCUGCAGAGUAAAAGGAAAGCCAUCUUCCCCGCCCAUUUGCAGGCUGCAAUUGGGCAGCUGAGGUACCAUCCCGCCGACCCAUCGGACUAUUUGAACUACGAGGGGUGUGAGUUCCUGCUAAUUCCUGCCUCUGAUAACAUCGAUGAUGAACUGGGAUUGGAGUUGAAGACAGAAGUGGAGGGUGAAACAGCCCAUGAUGAAUCCUGUUCCGAUUUGAUCAGAACUUUCGGGGAGACUGCUUCCAUCAAUCCCCUUCUCAAAGGCACCUGGGCUUAACACAAAUUCUCGACUAUUACUAUCUUAAGAUUA